CAGGAAAUGGUCGUGAUGGAGGCUCCACGAGCCGAGACUCCCUUGGAGGAGAGCCUACCGAAAGACCUACAUUUGGAUACAGGCACCGGGAGCUAUUGCGGGAGCAGUGUUUGCAGCUACAGCAGCUCGGACGAAGCUGAAGGCUCCGAAGGCUCCGAAGGCGAGGCCGCUGCUUCACCGGAUCCUGCAGAGCUGCCUGGGACUCCGGAGCCCGAGUUGGUGCCGAUGCCACGCUGGGUAGAGGGCAGUCGGACGAUCUCAACGCCGGACCUGGAAAGUCUGAGUCCCAUCCUCUUCCCCGAGUCGCUCCAAUCAUCGCCCCUCUUGGCGCAGUGCGCCGCUCCGCAUGGUGCGGAGGUCUUUGAUUGGAGCGAGGUGUUGAAACUCAAGGCUGAGUGCAUCAAAGGACGAAGCAGCGAGACCUGAAGCCGUGAGAGGUCGAGAGCUCCGUCCCGAGGUUCCGGUCCGAACGAUGCGUGGGGACCGGCCCCAAAGCGGCGAGGAUUGUAGAACAAAGGGCAGAUGGGAAUCAUGGAAACCUCCGAUGGCC